UGCCCCUGUCAUUAUUUACAAUCGGCGACGUAUAUGCAUCUCUUUCGUUUCCACAGUUUUCUUGCAAUAGGUUUUUCAUUUUUAAGUGCCCGAGCGACUGAGACCACAAGAGGAAAGCGGGGCCCGUUGGAAAAAUAUGAACAAUUUUGUGCUCUUAAAAAUUAUUGAUUUUCCAUCGUUAAAAAACAGCCGCCACUAACUAAUUGCAUACGUGAUGCGAUGUCGCGAGGUCUCGGUGUAUAUAAACAAAAAAAUCAAUCGGUCCCAGUAUUAAAACUAUACAAUCUAGUCUAAAUAGUUUCUACUUAAAAAGUAUUGUUUGUACUUAAAAAUAAAGCUUAAAAAACUGUGAUAAUUUUCAUGGACGUUUAUACCAAGUGCAAUUUAUAGACUAAUGUCAACGGCCAAAGAUAAAAUAUAAGUAAUUAUUAUGUUGUCCAAUUGAACGGGAAACAAAGAUGGCGGCGGCACCACAACAGUUCUGCGUUCGGUGGAACUCUUACCACACAAACUUACAGGCGGUGUUCCCCCGGCUGCUAUUGACGGAGCAGUUUGCUGACGUCACAUUAGCAUGCGAGUCGCGGCAACUGCGCUGCCACAAGCUCGUCCUGUCGGCAUGCUCGGCCUACCUCGAGCGGCUGCUGCUGCACAACCCGUGCGACCACCCUAUCGUGCUGAUGCGAGACAUGAGGUGA